AUGUCCGAUAGUCUGGAUGUUGAAGAGAAACCUCCAGCCCCACCGUUGAGAAUGAACAGCAACAAUCGCGAUUCUUCAGCACUAAACCACAGUUCAAAACCGCUCCCCAUGGCCCCUGAGGAGAAGAACAAGAAAGCCAGGCUUCGCUCCAUCUUCCCAGGAGGAGGGGAUAAAAGUAAAAAGAAAGAGAAAGAACGUCCUGAGAUCUCUCUUCCUUCAGACUUUGAACAUACCAUUCAUGUGGGAUUUGAUGCCGUCACUGGAGAAUUCACAGGCAUUCCAGAGCAAUGGGCCAGGCUACUACAGACCUCCAACAUAACAAAACUGGAGCAGAAGAAGAACCCACAAGCCGUUCUAGAUGUUCUCAAAUUUUAUGAUUCCAAAGAAACAGUUAACAACCAGAAAUACAUGAGCUUUACGUCAGGAG